GAGGCUUCGCCCGAGCCCAGCGCUUUUUCUUCCGCCGCGCAGUCUCGGAGCGGCGUGGGCUCGUGGGGAGCGCGAGGCGGCCGAGGUGCCCGCGGUUGGGAGGCCGGCCCUGGCGCACCCCGCGCCCGCGCCUCUGACAGCUGCAGCUGGGCUCGAGCUGUCCGCUCCCGGCUCCGCGGCCUCCGCCCCCUCGGGCUCCCUCCCCUCCGCCUCUACCCCUCCUGCUCCGGUGCGGAUCAUUUCGCAACUGCUCGCCUCUCGCCCCGUGCCCGGCUGUUUUUCCAUUUCCCAGUCCCUCUUCUUGAGUACUUUGCCCCUGCAUUUGAGGAGAGGGGCUGGAAAGGGGGCGGGUGGAACGACCGGAGAAGAAGGAAGCGAGGCCCGGAGGAGGAGGAGAAGGAGGAGGAUCGGCGGACCGUAGGGAGGAGACCCCACGCCACCCUUUCUGGUCAUCUCCCCUCCCGCCCCGCCCCUGCGCAUACUCCCUCGCCGGCGAGCUACUUUCGGACGAGGAAAGUGAGGGCGGCCCUGGGUGACAGCGCCGCGGGACUAGUCCUGGGGAAGCCGCGCGUCUGCUCGCGUCUUGUCCGCCGCGCUCCCAGCCAGGGGUACAGCCCGGACCCAGGAUGGCUUCGACUACAACCUGUACCAGGUUCACGGACGAGUAUCAGCUUUUCGAGGAGCUCGGAAAGGGGGCAUUCUCAGUGGUGAGAAGAUGUAUGAAAAUCCCUACUGGACAAGAAUAUGCUGCCAAAAUUAUCAACACCAAAAAGCUUUCUGCUAGGGAUCAUCAGAAACUGGAAAGGGAAGCUAGAAUCUGCCGUCUUUUGAAGCACCCCAAUAUUGUGCGACUUCACGACAGCAUAUCGGAAGAGGGCUUCCAUUACUUGGUGUUUGAUUUAGUUACUGGAGGUGAACUGUUUGAAGACAUAGUGGCGAGAGAAUAUUACAGUGAAGCCGACGCCAGUCAUUGUAUACAGCAGAUUCUAGAAAGUGUAAAUCAUUGUCACCUAAAUGGCAUAGUUCACAGGGACCUGAAGCCUGAGAAUUUGCUUUUAGCUAGCAAAUCCAAGGGAGCAGCUGUGAAACUGGCAGACUUUGGCUUAGCCAUAGAAGUUCAAGGAGACCAGCAGGCGUGGUUUGGUUUUGCUGGCACACCUGGAUAUCUUUCUCCAGAAGUUUUACGCAAAGAUCCUUAUGGAAAGCCAGUGGAUAUGUGGGCGUGUGGGGUCAUUCUCUACAUUCUACUGGUUGGAUAUCCACCCUUCUGGGAUGAAGACCAGCACAGACUCUAUCAGCAGAUCAAGGCUGGAGCUUAUGAUUUUCCAUCACCGGAGUGGGACACAGUGACUCCUGAAGCCAAAGACCUCAUCAAUAAAAUGCUUACUAUCAACCCUGCCAAGCGUAUCACAGCCUCGGAGGCACUGAAACACCCAUGGAUCUGUCAACGUUCUACUGUUGCUUCCAUGAUGCACAGACAGGAGACUGUUGACUGCUUGAAGAAAUUCAAUGCCAGAAGAAAACUGAAGGGUGCCAUCUUGACCACUAUGCUGGCUACGAGGAACUUUUCAGCCAAGAGUUUGUUGAAGAAACCAGAUGGAGUAAAGGAGUCAACUGAGAGUUCAAAUACAACAAUUGAGGAUGAAGAUGUGAAAGCACGAAAGCAAGAGAUUAUCAAAGUUACUGAACAACUCAUCGAAGCUAUCAACAACGGGGACUUUGAAGCUUACACGAAAAUCUGUGACCCAGGCCUUACUGCUUUUGAACCUGAAGCUUUGGGUAAUUUAGUGGAAGGGAUGGACUUUCAUCGAUUCUACUUUGAGAAUGCUUUGUCCAAAAGCAAUAAACCAAUCCACACUAUUAUCCUGAACCCCCAUGUACAUCUGGUAGGCGAUGAUGCUGCCUGCAUAGCAUACAUUAGGCUCACACAGUACAUGGAUGGCAGCGGAAUGCCAAAAACAAUGCAGUCAGAAGAGACACGUGUGUGGCACCGCCGGGAUGGAAAGUGGCAGAAUGUUCAUUUUCAUCGCUCGGGGUCGCGAACAGUACCCAUCAAGCCAUCUUGUAUUCCAAAUGGGAAAGAAAACUUCUCAGGAAGCACCUCUUUGUGGCAAAACAUCUAAGGCCUGAAAACCAUUCCCAUGUGGGUCUUCUAAGUAUCAACAGUGCCACUUCUGCAUUCUCUGUUCUCACCUGGAUGGUAACCCUGGGCCGUCCUCUCCUCCUCUUCAUGCAUGUUUCUGAGUGCAUGAAGUUGUGAAGGUCCUACGUGUAAUGCACAUGUGAUGCAUCAUCUUGUCAUAUAUUCCUUCCUGUACAUUGUUUACACUUCAACUAUGGAGAUGUUCCAUGCAAACUUCACUCACUGUUGGCAAACAAUAGGGGGAGGUCAGACAAAAUUCCACAAUACUCCAAGUACAAACCUACUCAUCCGGUUUCUCUGCUUAUGCCAAGACUUAACAGACUUCAAAAUUAUCGUUCUUUGAAUGACAGUUUGUAACAGAAAUGUAAGUUUUUAAAAACUCUUUGCUGUUCAUCUGUUUUAGCUUUUUUGUUUAACAAAAAAAGGGAAAAGAAAUUACCUUCAGUUUCCUGGUGUGAUCCUGGUUGAAAUGGUUGAUAUGUCACUGAAAGCUGUGUUGCUGUUUAACAAUGAAAGGGAUUGAUACGUGGGCAGAAUCACUUAUGAAUGUGGAAGCGAGAAUCGGUGGGUUUGCUACUACCUAAAGUCAUGUCUUUUUUGGUCAAACUGUGUAAACUGGAAAAACUCACGUCAUUGACGAGUUUGAUCACUUUAGGGUAUACUUGCACUGUUCUGGUGAAAUUUGCUGAAUUUUUUGUUCCUUUCUCAAACCUAUGCUCUUUUUUCUUCAUUUUCUCCUAUUUCUUUAUUACUUUUGUUUGCUUCCUUUAUAUUUUUCUGCUUUUCAUUCUUUUUUCUCUUUUUGUCUAGUAGUGUGAGAAAAGUGAAAUUUGCAUAAUGAAGGUAAAAUAAAAACAGGCCUUUUGGAGGUGGCUAAACUAGUGCUUUGAUCAUCUUCUGGGCCCAUAAAAAUGAUGUCAAGAAGAUUUCAAAAGUUUGUAAUUCUGCUCGAGUUUGGACGUAGGGAUCCUAACUAUGUUGGAGGUAUUAGAAUUGUUUAAACUUAUAAUAAAAGCAAGUAGGUUCCUACUGUACCUGCACCACGUCUCACUGAUUGGUGCAGUUGCCAGGAGAGUACCAAGCUGGUCGUAGAUCAGGAUUUUGUGCACAGGCGCUUCCUUCUGCCUUGCAGGAUGCGCGCCUCCUGCGUCAUCACUGGCUAGUUUUCUGAAGUUAGAGAGGCCUGCGGGUGUUUUCCAUUCUCCUAAGUGUUUGUUUUGAACUCUGUCUCUGUGACUUGUGCUUUUGUAGCUUCUCUCAUGUGUCAGAGUAACAUUAUCUUCCUUCGAGGAGUUAGCAUUUUCCUAUUUAAAAAAGGGGGGGGCGGGAGGGAUUGUCCCUGUUUUCUCUGUGGUUCUCAUUUCUCCUUUGUUUAUUCAAUUCCUGUGGGGCUUUUUCUCCUCCCUGAAAUGCUUUAUAGUGCAUGGUAUCUUCAUCAGCGUUAUUUUAACAAUAGUAAUUCACAAUCCCCAGAAGCCUAUUUUUAAAGCAGAAGCAAAAAAAUAAAAACAUCAACCCUCCCUCUUUUCUCUCAUUUCACCUUUCUGUGUUGAUUACUAAUCACCUUAGAUAUUGUUGCUAGUGGAUGUAUGGUAGAUGGAUUGAAGCUUUUCUGAUAAUUAUUACACGAUUUAAAACAAUAUAUAUUUAAAAUAAAAUAAAUAUAUACAGUAAAUGUAUUGGGCCAUGUUAACCUGCCAAUGAGAUCUGUGAAAAAAAUAAUGGCCUCAUUUUUCCCUUUUUAAUUUCUUUUACCUUUUUGUGCAGCAGCUAUACGUGGCAUACAUGUAUUUUUUAACAAAAUAGGUAUAGAGUGUUUUUUUUUUUUUACACUUUUAGCAUGUGGUGUUGAAGUAUUAUUACUGUAGAUCAAGUUUGUCUUCCGCACUAAGACGUGAGGAAAUUGUGAUUUGUUCUCUCCACCACAAUUGAAUUACACAUUUAUUAAUUAUCUUCUCUCAUUUUGAAACACUGCAGUUUACCGUGGGACACUGUAUAUAUUUCUUGCCAUAAUGGUAAAUGACUGAUUGAUAUAUUUAAGAGUUAAUAAAUUUGUGAUUUCUGCUGA